AUUUAAUUUGGGACGGAAGAAUUAUUAUUUUGGAAAGAAUGGAAUAAGACAAAUAAAAAAGAAAAACAACUUAGGGCGCCACAUAUAACGGAACUCUGCGAGAAAGAAACUGCACUGAAAUGGAGGAAAGUUCGUUCGUUAAUGCGUGCUCAUGCAUUCUCCUCCCUCUCUCCCUCUCUACCACACACAUUGGAAACACGAUCAAACCGGUGGUGGCGGUUUACGGCCGUAGGCGGUGGAUUCCGGGAGGUUCAGCUACCUCUGCAACUCCCUUUUUUUCCUGCUCUCGAAGUGUGCGGUGAUUGUCUGAGGAUCCAAUCGAUUGGGAUCCAGACGGAAAGGAUAUGGCGUGCAGGCGCAGACACGGCGGGAUCUCGAGGUCGUCCACAUUCAAUGAAGAUCUUCUCCGUCCGUCCCUGGAGGAUGAUGACGGCGACUCGUUCUCCUCCUCCGCGUCUCAGUCUUUGGCCGCCCAGGCUAUUAGAGCCUCCGCUGCUCACCGUGAAUCCUCCGCCAACGCUCAGCCUUCCUUCCGAGAUCGAUCUAAGGUGCUACAGAAUCAGGGCGGUCCUACAUAUGAUUAUACGUCCAUGACGAGUACAAAUGAAGGGGGCGGUUUUUGGGGUGUUCUGGCUAGGAAAGCUAAAGCAAUUCUCGAGGAUGAUACCAUGUCCCGACAGUUUGAAGCCCGGAGCAUCAAUUCUCCAAGAGCCAGCCAGACUUCCCAGUACCAUCAGUCAGUUCAACACCCUUAUGGUUCUAGAAAAACAGACAGUCCUUCACUCCAUAAGGGCUGGGAUGCACUUACAUCUUCGCUCAACCAAAGUGGUGGUGCCAUUGGAACUGCAUUUCAGGAAGGACGAACUACAAUUGAGAACAAGUCUGCAGGCAUCGUUCAAGAAACACGAAAACUGCAGAUCAGGAAAAAGGGGUCCAAUAAUCUUGAUGAAGAAAAUCAGGAGUCUGGUGUAUCUAGCCCGUGGCAUCAACUCUCACCACAACCACCUCAGCUGCAGAUGCAUACUAGUCCAGAAGAUCAACUCAAGGCAUCUCGCGACGUGGCAAUGGCAACAGCUGCCAAAGCUAAACUUCUCUUGCGAGAACUAAAAACUGUUAAAGCAGACUUAACAUUCGCAAAACAGCGAUGCUCUCAGCUAGAAGAUGAAAAUAGGAUGCUUCGAGAUGCUCGUGAAAAGGGAGGCAUCCCCGCUGAUGAUGACAUGAUAAGACAUCAACUCGAAACCUUACUAGCUGAGAAGGCCAGAUUAGCAAACGAGAAUGCUGUUUAUGCACGGGAGAAUCGGUUCUUGAGAGAAAUUGUGGAAUACCACCAACUGACAAUGCAGGACGUGGUGUAUUGGGAUGACGAGGGCGACAUUGAAGAAGUUGCAGAUGUUUACCCUCACAAUCCUCCUGGUGGGGGAGUCUCAAGGGCAUUCUCGUCCACCCCGCCAUCCCCUUCGUCCCCUCGUUCACUCCCUGACACAACCUCCUCUCUCGCCAAGUCUCCCGUGAUGAUGAGGAGAAGCUCUUCUGUCACCAAGUUUCCUCUUCCCCUCUCGCCGCAAAGAACGACAGAUGUUGUUCCCCAGCUCGAAGCACCACCAUCUUUCAAAACAGAAGGUUCCAGGAGACACUAACUUCAUCCCUUUCCCCUUUUUAAUUAAUUUCCUUCCAUAAACACUCACUUUAAUACUUCAUAUACUACACAUCUUUACUGUAUUUUCCCAUAUGAAGGUUUUCUUUUAUUUAAAAAAAAACCCAAAAAAGUGGGGGUUGAAGAUUAAUUAUUUUUCCUGUAUAUGUAAGUUUCUCAUGUUAGUUUUUUGGGAUUUUUGGUACUCAAAUAAGAGCAGGAUUCCCUC